UUCGGGAAUUGUAUAAUAAAUGGGGAGGGAUUCCUCGGUAUGUCUUAUUUCAUGCUCUCAAUCCUGUCCAGCAAAGUCUUCUGGAGAACGCAAUUAAUUUAGUCGAUGAUAAGAUAUUAAAUUUUGUUGGUGAAAUCACCGAUGGCAACGAUGGCAGUAGCAUAAGUCACAAACUCGUCCACAUAUGUACAAACGUACCAGAAGGAGAGGAAAAUGAGGAAGAUGAGUUUGGAGUACCUUCUACGUCAACGGCUCCUACAGUAACUAAAUCAGAUAAAAGGAAAGGUGUUGCAGGGAGAUAUUAUGAAAGGGUACCCUUUUAUAAUAAGUGUAUUCUAGAGUUUGCGUCCGAUUACGUUUCUGAAAAGGCAGUGGAUAGACUCUCACGAAAUUACAAAUAUGACUUGCAGAAUUUCGUGAAUACAAGUGAGGAUAUGAGUGAAUACAGUACACUUCGAGGUGCCAUAUUCGAGCGACUCGCUCAUCAAAGGUUGCUACGUGGAGGAAAAUUUAAUGUUCGUCCUUUAUUCGAAGAUUCCAAAACGAGGCAUACGCUUCAACUGGAUAAUAAUAUGGGCAAAUUAACGUUCAGUGAUAUUAAAGAGAUCGCACCUAAAAUGUAUUGUAUACCAAUUCAAAAGAACAACGCGUCCUUUGAUGCAAUUAUUCCCCCCAACAUGUUCUUCCAGAUGACUGUUGCCAAGAGCCAUCCUAUCAUCAAGAGUGGUUUGGAAAAAUAUAUUGAAAGAAUUGAUCAAGACGACGAUAUCAAAUUUUAUUUUGUCCUGCCAAAGGAAAUAUAUCAUACUUAUAAAGAGCAGGCUCUUUACACUACAAAAAGAACUGUUGUCCAGAACAAACCGGCUUGGUUUAGUCGCUUCAAACAAUAUGCACUAGAACUUAACCUGAAAUUGUAG